CGGUGAAACAAAAUUGUGUAGCCUUCUCCACUGCAGAAGCAGAGUAUAUCAGUGCCUCUGAGGCAACUGCUCAAGCUAUUUGGCUUCGGUUUGUUCUUGAAGAUUUUGGUGAGUUACAAACUGAAGCAACUCCAAUGCAUUGUGACAACACUGCUGCAAUUGCAAUCACCAAGAAUCCUGUGUUUCAUCAGAAAACUAAACAUAUUGACAGGAGGUUUCAUUUUAUCAAAGAUGCUCUACAAGAAGGCAUCAUUGAUCUGAUCUACUGUCCCACAGAAGAACAAUUGGCAGAUAUCUUCACAAAGCCUCUCACCAAAGAUCGAUUUAAUUUUCUCAGAAGCAAACUUGGAGUGAAAUCAGCUUUAGACUUAAAGGGGAGUGUUGAAUUAUAAGUCUAUAGCUGAUUAGAAAUAAGCUGUGAUGUUAAUAUGUGUAUGCACUUAUGUUAAAUACUAAGUGAGAAGAUAUAUAGAUGUAAAGGCCAUGAGUGCCAUGUGUGAUGAUCUUAGCUAUUAGCUAAAUGUGUGGCUGAGAUCUGUUUUAAAUGUUUUUGAUCCAGCUCAGUUUUGUAAAGCAAUAUAUCUCUUCUUGCACGUUGUGUGCAAGAGAUAGAGGCAUUCAAUGAAAACAAUGUCCUUCUUCUGAGGUGCUGCAGAACAAAAGAAACAACCAACUUCUUCUCUCUCAGUUCAUUCUUUUCUCCAUUAGAAUUCACUCUAUCAAACACUAACAACUAGUUGGAAUAGAAUCUCGUCUGGAGGAAAUAAAUACAUACUUAGGUACAGGGUUAGAUGAUGUUCGCAUUAUAGGGAUCUGCGGGAUGGGAGGAAUAGGUAAGACAACUAUUGCUCGCGUUCUGUAUGACAGAAUCUGGGGCCAAUUUGAUGGCAGCAGCUUUCUUUCUAAUGUCAGAGAGGUUUCCGAAAAGUGUGGACUAGUUUCUUUACAGAGACAAAUGAUUUCCGAGAUCCUGAUGGAAACAAAUGUAAAUGUAUGGGAUGUCUUCAAAGGUUCCAGUGUAAUAAGACACAGACUGCGGCAUAGAAGGGUUCUUCUUAUUCUUGAUGAUGUGGAUCAAUCAGAACAGUUAGAAAAGUUAGCAGGAAAACAUGAUUGGUUUGGUUUGGGGAGUAGAAUCAUCAUAACAACUAGAGACAAGCAUUUGCUUCUUCGCCAUGGAGUAGAUCAAAUAUACAAGGCUAAGGAAUUGGAUCAAGAUGAAUCUCUUGAGCUCUUUAGUUGGAAAGCAUUUAAAAAAGACCAUCCGGAAAAAGAAUAUCUAGACCUCUCCAACCUUGUCGUAAAUUAUGCUAAUGGUCUUCCAUUGGCGCUUGAAGUUUUGGGGUCCUUUCUGUUUCGCAGGAAUGUAUCUGAGUGGAAAAGUGCAUCGGAUAAACUAAAAGAAGUUCCCAACAUAACAGUUUUCGAAAUACUUAGAAUAAGCUUCGAAGGACUAGAGGAGAUGGAGAGAAAUAUAUUCCUAGAUAUCGCUUGUUUCUUCAAGUUGAAGAACAAAGCUCGAGUAACAAAGAUACUUGACAGCUUUGGCUUUCAUUCAGAUAUUGGAAUAAGAGUAUUAAUUGAUAAGUCUCUCAUAAGUGUUUCGUAUAACAUGUUAUGGAUGCAUGAUUUACUACAAGAGAUGGGUUGGGAAAUUGUUCGCCAAGAAUCUCGUAAGGAGCCAGGAAAACGCAGCAGGUUGUGGCUUUUCGAGGAUGUCUAUGAUGUACUAGUGAAUAAUAAGGCAAGAGAUUUGGUGCAGUUUGAAUUCAGUUACUAA